CUACACGCCCUUAUCGAGCGACGAAUUUUUUGUAACUUGGAUCAGAAAUUUCAAUAAAGUAAUUAAAAAGAAAAAAAAGAGGAGUAGAAGAAGAAGAAGAAAAACACAUGCGAAAUUAUAAUGGACUGCCUCUGUUUCCUUAUCUCUUUACUUACACACUCUCCAGGUCCCUCACUUGUCUCAUUGGACCUCUCUAACUCUUCUCUCUCUCUCUCUCUCGUGUUUAAAUUCUUCUCCUCUUUCUCUCCACAUUUCUUGUCUUACCAAUUCCAAACACACUCAUAAUUAAAAUUUUCAAUCAACCAAACUCCAAAAAAAAAAAAAAUUACCAUUCUUCUUGAUCAUGAAACGAAGCCAUCAAGAAACGUAUCUUGAACAACAAGAAGCUCCUUCAAUGGCCGAAUAUGGCAAGAAGCUUGAAGGUAGCAGUGUUGUUGGUGGAGAUGAUAGCAUAGACGAGCUUCUCGCUGCUUUAGGGUACAAGGUUCGAUCUUCGGACAUGGCUGAUGUCGCACACAAGCUUGAACAGCUUGAAAUGGUCUUGUCCAACGAUGUUGUUGGCUCUUCUAAUAGUUUCUUAAACGACACGGUUCAUUACAACCCUUCUGAUCUCUCCAGCUGGGCUCAGACCAUGCUCUCGGGGCUUACCUACUACCCGGAUCUUGACCCGACCCGGGUUUGCGACCUGCGACCAAUCACAGACGACGAUGAGUCUUGUUGCAGUAGCAACAGCAACAAGAGAAUUCGACUUGGUCCUUGGUGUGACUCAGUUAGCAGCGAGUCGACUCGUUCCGUGGUGCUGAUCGAAGAGACCGGAAUCAGACUCGUUCAGGCGCUAGUGGCCUGCGCCGAGGCGGUGCAGCAGGAGAACCUGAGCCUCGCGGACGCUCUCGUGAAGCGCGUGGGAUCGCUCGCGGCUUCUCAGGCCGGAGCAAUGGGGAAAGUUGCCACCUACUUCGCCGAAGCCCUAGCUCGUCGUAUUUACCGGAUUCACCCUUCCUCCGCAGCCGUUGAUCCUUCCUUCGAAGAGCUGCUUCAGAUGAACUUCUACGACUCGUCUCCGUACCUAAAAUUCGCACAUUUCACGGCCAACCAAGCGAUUCUAGAAGCUGUUACGAUGGCGCGUGGCGUUCACGUAAUCGAUCUAGGGUUAAAUCAAGGGAUGCAGUGGCCGGCGUUAAUGCAAGCCUUAGCCCUCCGACCCGGUGGUCCACCGUCGUUCCGUUUAACCGGCGUUGGUGCUCCGUCGAAUCGUGAAGGGAUCCAAGAGUUAGGUUGGAAGCUAGCUCAGCUGGCUCAAGCAGUCGGCGUCGAAUUCGAAUUCAAUGCAAUAACGACGGAGAGAUUAUCCGAUCUCGAACAGGAUAUGUUCGAGACCCGACCCGCAUCAGAGACUCUAGUGGUUAAUUCGGUUUUCGAGCUUCACCCGGUUUUAGCCCAACCCGGUUCGAUCGAAAAGCUGUUAGCUACGGUUAAAGCGGUUAAACCGAGCAUCGUAACGGUGGUUGAACAAGAAGCGAACCAUAACGGCGUCGUUUUCUUAGACCGGUUUAACGAAGCGCUUCACUACUACUCGAGCCUGUUCGACUCGCUCGAGGAUAGCGCUGUGAUACCGGGACAAGACCGAGUCCUGUCGGAGGUUUACUUAGGGAGACAGAUUUUGAACGUGGUGGCGGCGGAAGGAACCGAUCGGGUCGAGCGGCACGAGACGCUGGAUCAGUGGCGGAGAAGGAUGGGAUCCGCCGGGUUUGACCCGGUUAAUCUCGGAUACGACGCGUUUAAACAAGCGAGUUUGUUAUUGGCGUUGUUCGGCGGCGGAGAUGGAUACAGAGUGGAGGAGAAUGACGGUAGCCUAAUGCUUGCGUGGCAGACGAAACCGCUCGUUGCUGCUUCGGCUUGGAAACUCGCGGCGGAGUUGCGGCGGUGAUGACAAUGACGACGUCGUCACAAAGAAGAAAACAAAAAAAAAAAACUUAGGGACCUUUUUUUUUUGAUAUAUAAAAUAAAAUAAAAUUGCGAAACCGUAACCUUUAUGUUUUUGUUAUACUGUGACUUUACCCCACUAGUUUCGUUUUAUGAUAUUUCGGCCGAAAUAUUCCGUGCUUUUUACUU